UUAAAGCGGGUUGAUUUGCAUGAACAGCAAACAUAAAUCAGCAUUACUGCUUUGAAGUUAAGAACAUUGGAUAUACUGAUAUGCCAUAUAUUCUAGUUUUAUAACACUUAUUGUAUUUCACAAAUUCAGUCAAGAAAGUUGAUUACACAACUUUUUAAUCUGACGUCUCGCAGUUCACAAUACCUAUAGAAAAUGGCAACUUCUUUUUCUGAAGUUUCAAAUCAUAAAAGUUCUGAUUUUGUGAAGGACUAUUCUUGUGUUGUGUGCGAAAGUAAAAAUAUCAAAGCAAGUGCUGAAUUUUUCUGUGAAACUUGUUUGAAGUGUUUUUGCGAAAAAUGCGUUUACCAUCAUGAUCAAAUAUUUGUAAACCAUUCAACAUAUGGAAGAGGGGAAACAAAUAAAUGGCCUCUUGCAAAGGAAGUCGAGGGUUUGCUACUGAAAUGUGAUAUUUACAACAGCAAGAAACUGAAAAUGUUCUGCCAGGACCACAGUCAGCUGUGCUGCUCUGAUUGUGUUUUACUGAAUCACAGACAGUGUACCAAUUUGGCUCUAAUUUCUGAAUCAGCUAAAAAGCUGUCGGUGGAUAUAGAGCAGUUAUCAAACAAAAUUCAAACAAUUCUUGCUGAACUAAAUAAGUUUAAGACAUUACAAGAGGCCAGCAUUGUGUCUGUGGAGGGAUCAUAUAAUGAAAAACUUCUAGAAAUCAGAGAGCUGCGUAAGAAAUUAAAUGCUGCUUUGAAUGAGCUAGAAAAUACAACUUUGAUACAACUAGAGGAAAUUAGGACAAAACUGAAAACCUCUCUCAAGAAAGAUGUUGAAAACUGCAGCAGACUGAAGAAUGAUCUUCAACAGUUAAGCGAAGCUGCACAGGGCCUUUGUGAUAAGAGCAAGAAAGACAUUGAGUUCAUAGCCAGCAUAAAAUGUCAGGAGAAAAUACAAGAAUCUGAAACAUUUCUGAAGGAGAACCCUGUGAAGGUGCAGAGUUCAAUAAUAUUCCAGGGGAACUUUGACAUUCAGCAAUACUUGUCACAACAGUCUAGUCUAGGGAGAAUUGUAGACAGUAAUCCAGAUCAGGUGUUGUCUGUGAAGAGGACGUCCCAGUAUAAUGUGAAAAUAUCAAGUGACUCAAAUCAGACAUGCUAUAUCAUAGGCAUUUGCAGCCUGCGUAGUGGUGAGGUCAUUGUUGCAGAUAACCUUAACAAAAAAGUGAAACUGUUGGACCAGCAUUUCAAUGUGUCCAGUCACUGUGAUGUGUCUAGUAAACCACAGGACAUGUGCCUAAUCACAUCUAAUGAAGUGGCUGUGACUCUUGAAGAUGCUGGUGUGCAGUUCAUGUCUGUAAGCAAUCGGCAGCUGGUGAAAGGGAGGACGUUACAGUUUCCACAUAAGGCUGUUGGGAUUGCCCACCGUCAGGGAGCAUUGUAUAUCACCUCUCGCACUGCUCUCUACCACUACACCCUGAGUGGGACACUUGUGAAAAAGGUUUAUGAGGAAACAGAAACUGGCGAUAUAGUGUACCUAUGUGCAUUGAGCCCUGCUGGUGACCGGAUCUAUGUCACCAACCUCAACCAGCACAAGCUCCUCACACUGGCAUCAGAUGGCAGCCUUAUAUCCACCUUCACUGACCCAGAACUAGCAAACCCAUGUGGUGUACAUGUAACACCUGAAGGACAAGUUCUGGUCUGUGGAAACGCUUUUAAUGCUGUCAUACAGGUGGAUUGUGAGGGAAAAAAGAAACUGGCUUCACUGAGCGAUGGCGUGAAAAGCCCUGCGUCUGUUUGCUACAACACCAACAGUCACCAGAUCAUUGUCGGACUAUUUAGUAAAAAUGAAAUCUGUGUGAUUGAAUUGCAAUAGCUUUUCCAUUUAAAAAAAACAUUGAUAUAUUUGUGUUUGCGUGGUACAUCGAUUCUUAGCAUCUUUCUUUGUGGAUGCUGACAAGUUUUUUUUUCUAGCUUCACGUCAGGAUAUGUUUGCCACAAGACAAAUGUUCUAAUUAAUAUGGCUAUACACGUGUUAUGUUAAGUAAUUUUUUUAAUGUACACGUAUAAAUAAUAAUAUUAAUUUUUUAUUAUUUCUAUAUUUUGAUUGAUAUAUUUCAUUAUCCUGUAAUCAUUGUAAUCAUUGAGACGAAAAUAUUUUCAGCCAUUUAUGUUUCUUAAUAUAAGCUUUCCUGAGCACAACGUGCUGAUGAUGAGCUUUUGUUAUCGCCUUUUGUCCGUCAUCUGUCAUGCGUUGUGCGUCAUCAGAAUUUGCCUUGUGAACACUGCAGAGGCCAUUUUUAUUGUCUGAUCUUCAUGAAACUUUGUCAUACGAUUUGUCCCAAUUAUAUCUUAGAUGAGCCUGAAAAUGGUUCUGGUUGGUUGAAAAACAUGGCCGCCAGGGGGCGGGGCAUUUUUCCUCAUAUGGCUAUAGGAAAACCUUGUUAACACUCUAGUAGUCACAUUUAUUGCCCAAUCAUCAUGAACAUUGGUCAGAACAUGAUUGUGUUCUUAUGGUAUCUUGGAUGAGUUUGAAAAUGUCUCUGGUCAGUUGUAAAAUAUGGCCGCCAGGAGCAAGACCAUUUCUUCUAAUAUUGCUAAAGUAAAACCUUGUUAAACCUCUUAAAGCCAUAUUUUUAUUAUAAUCUUCAUUAAACUUGGUCAGAACAUUUGUUCUAAUGGGCUGAGUUCGAAUAUUGUUCCCUUCUGUUGGAAAACAUGGCCGACAGGGGGCUGGGCAGUUUUUCUUAUAUGGCUAUAGUAAAACCUUGUUAACUCUCUUGUUGAUAUUUUGCCAUUUUUGUUCAAGUUUGAAAUUGGUUUCACAGACAUCUCAAAAGUUGCUGAGAGCAGUAAGUUCCUGAAGUGACGGUGGGCCUCUGACUCUCUUGUUUAUAAAAAAUCUUUUGGUGUUUUUGCCAUUGAGGUUUUUGUGCCUUGGAUAGACUAUUGGAGUCACUAUACGACUGUCGUAAAAGGACACUAACACACAAAUUGCGAUACAUGAAUGAGUGGGAAGAUCAAAAUAAAUUAAAAUUCUUUCUAAGCAUUUGAUGAUGGAAACCAUAGUUCUAGCAGAGAUUUUGAUACGCAUGUCACUAUUUCAAUGUGUGCUAUUUUAACAUGAUUUUAACAAUAAAAAUGUUGUAUAAUAUUAAUUGCCUGAAAAUGAUAAUUAUCAAAUAAAUAAUUAAAUUGUUGUACUACAUGUAAGUUUAAACCUAUUUAUUUAAGCUUAAUUAAAUAAAAACUUGGCUUAUUAAAACACACGAGUCCAAGGGCAAAUCUUUUGAAAUAAUGUUUUCCCCAUUUUUACAUGCAAAUAAAAGGUGUGCGCAUUAUACAGUUUACAUGGUAACUUGCUGUACGAUACGCAUUUUAUGACGUAUUGUGUGUGACAUAAUUUAUGUGACGAAACAUAUUAGUUUGUCCAAGAUUCUAGAUUUUGGGACACAAAUUUUGACGUGGUGUUUUUAAUACUACAUUUUUAAAGCAUCGAUGAAUCCAAAAGGUACAAUUGUGUUUCAGAUUUGUUAUGAAUAAUUGUAAACUUUUUUUGAUGGGAAUAACAUUACUCGCUCUAACAGGAUAACAAUUAUCUGAUCUGCUUUUGCAUGUCAUACUGUUAAAUUUAAGAUGAAGCUUAUGAAAAUACGAAAAAUACAAUUAAUUACAUAAUAAAAUUGUAACUUGAUGUUAUUAUAAACAGAAGUAAUAAUGAUAAAAAAAAUUACGUAACUGCAUUCUGAUAAGUUAAACAACCGGCUUUUAAACAUCCACAAUUCUUUUUCGGGUUAUUAUUCUUCUUGUCGGCUUUUAUAAUAGUUCUCAAAAUGGCAGACGAAACGAACGCCGAGUUUGACUUUAUAGACAAUUCCAAGGGAAAAAGAAUUGCCAAUAGGAUAUAACUAGAACCUAAACAUACAAUACAAAGGUUAUGUUCGUGUAAUUAAGUUGGUUUUGGUGAUAAGCUGGCGAGUUAUAAUUCUGGUUCAAGUUAGCAAUAUAUUGCAAUUUAUUGCAACACGGGUUUUUGAAUAGACAAUAUAUUGCAAUACGUUUUUUGGCAUAUUGUUGCAGAACUACACAUUACGCACAUGAAUAAAUAUAUAUUUAAA